AUGUUGUGGUCUGAUGUAGUUAUAUUAUUGAAGGAAAGAGAGCUAACAAGUUCCAGCUUCAAUGCUGCUUCCAAAAUAGCACCUUAUUCCCCUUGGUAGUACACUGUUGUUAGGGAAUACAGGGCCCUUUCAAUUCAAGUGUGACCUGGAAGUGUGUCCCUCUGUGCGCUCCGUAGAGACGCCCAUGUUGGAGGGGGAGGAGGAGGAGGGUGUGAGGCUGUGGCACCUGGUGAAGUCCAGCGAGGACCCAGAGAUCCCCAAACACAGGAAGAGCAGCAUGAGGGAGAGAGAGAGGGCCAAGGCCAUACCAGAGAUCUACCUGACACGACUGCUAUCUAUGAAGGUACACACACGCACGCACGCACGCACACACACACACACACACACACACACACACACACACACACACACACACACACAGGGAACAGACCAAGGCUAUACCAGAGUUACAUACUGUAAUACCCCGAGUGGCGCAGUGGUCUAAGGCACUGCAUCGCAGUGCUAGCUGUGCCACUAGAGAUCCUGGUUCGAAUCCAGGCUCUGUUGUAGCCGGCCGCGACCGGGAGACCCAUGGGGCGGCGCACAAUUGGCCCAGCGUCGUCCAGGGUAGGGGAGGGAAUGGCCGGCAGGGAUGUAGCUCAGUUGGUAGAGCAUGGCGUUUGCAACGCCAGGGUUGUGGGUUCGAUUCCCACGGGGGGACAGUAUGAAAAAAUAAAAAAUUAUGUAUGCACUCACUAACUGUAAGUCGCUCUGGAUAAGAGCGUCUGCUAAAUGACUAAAAUGUAAAAUGUAAUACCCAUACUGUUUGUAUGUAGAUAGAGUGAGGGCAAAAAGUAUUUGAUCCCCUGCUGAUUUUGUACGUUUGCCCACUGACAAAGACAUGAUCAGUCUAUAAUUUUAAUGGUAGGUUUAUUCGAACAGUGAGAGACAGAAUAACAACAACAAAAUCCAAUGUCAAAAAUGUUAUAAAUUGAUUUGCAUUUUAAUGAGGGAAAUAAGUAUUUGACCCCUCUGCAAAACAUGACUUAGUACAUGGUGGCAAAACCCUUGUUGGCAAUCACAGAGGUCAGACGUUUCUUGUAGUUGGCCACCAGGUUUGCACACAUCUCAGGAGGGAUUUUGUCCCACUCCUAUUUUUUAUUUAUUUUUUGUCAUUUAGCAGACGCUCUUAUCCAGAGCGACUUACAUGAGCAAUUAGGGUUAAGUGCCUUGCUCAAGGGCACAUCGACAGAUUUUUCACCUAGUCGGCUCGGGGAUUAGAACCAGCGACCUUUCGGUUACUGGCACAACGCUCUUAACCACUAAGCUACCUGCCGCCCCUCCUCUUUGCAGAUUUUCUCCAAGUCAUUAAGGUUUCGAGCCUGACGUUUGCCACAGAUUUUCUAUGGGAUUAAGGUCUGGAGACUGGCUAGGCCGCUCCAGGACCUUAAUGUACUUCUUCUUGAGCCACUCCUUUGUUGCCUUGGCCGUGUGUUUUGGGUCAUUGUCAUGCUGGAAUACCCAUCCACGACCCAUUUUCAAUGCCCUGGCUGAGGGAAGGAGGUUCUCACCCAAGAUUUGACGGUACAUGGCCCCGUCCAUCAUCCCUUUGAUGCGGUGAAGUUGUCCUGUCCCCUUAGCAGAAAAACACCCCCAAAGCAUAAUGUUUCCACCUCCAUGUUUGACGGUCGGGAUGGUGUUCUUGGGGUCAUAGGCAGCAUUCCUCCUCCUCCAAACACGGCGAGUUGAGUUGAUGCCAAAGAGCUCGAUUUUGGUCUCAUCUGACCACAACACUUUCACCCAGUUCUCCUCUGAAUCAUUCAGAUGUUCAUUGGCAAACUUCAGACGGCCCUGUAUAUGUGAUUUCUUGAGCAGGGAGACCUUGCGGGUGCUGCAGGAUUUCAGUCCUUCACGGCAUAGUGUGUUACCAAUUGUUUUCUUGGUGACUAUGGUCCCAGCUGCCUUGAGAUCAUUGACAAGAUCCUCCCGUGUAGUUCUGGGCUGAUUCCUCACCGUUCUCAUGAUCAUUGCAACUCCACGAGGUGAGAUCUUGCAUGGAGCCCCAGGCCGAGGGAGAUUGACAGUUAUUUUGUGUUUCUUCCAUUUGCGAAUAAUCGCACCAACUGUUGUCACCUUCUCACCAAGCUGCUUGGCGAUGGUCUUGUAGCCCAUUCCGGCCUUGUGUAGGUCUACAAUCUUGUCCCUGACAUCCUUGGAGAGCUCUUUGGUCUUGGCCAUGGUGGAGAGUUUGGAAUCUGAUUGAUUGAUUGCUUCUGUGGACAGAUGUCUUUUAUACAGGUAACAAACUGAGAUAAGGAGCACUCCCUUUAAGAGUGUGCUCCUAAUCUCAGCUCCUUACCUGUAUAAAAGACACCUGGGAGCCAGAAAUCUUUCUGAUUGAGAGGGGGUCAAAUACUCAUUUCCCUCAUUAAAAUGCAAAUUAUUUUCUAACAUUUUCGACAUUCGUUUUUCUGGAUUUUUUAGUUGUUAUUCUGUCUCUCACUGUUCAAAUAAACCUACCAUUAAAAUUAUAGACUGAUCAUGUCUUUGUCAGUGGGCAAACGUACAAAAUCAGCAGGGGAUCAAAUAUUUUUUUUCCCUCACUGUAUUGGCGCAAUAUCAGUUUUGUGAUAUAGAUAUCUAGCUGGUACAGUAUAUAUACCUAGCUGGUACAGUAUAUAUAUCUAGCUGGUACAGUAUAUAUACCUAGCUGGUACAGUAUAGAUAUCUAGCUGGUACAGUAUAUAUACCUAGCUGGUACAGUAUAUAUAUCUAGCUGGUACAGUAUAUAUACCUAGCUGGUACAGUAUAUAUAUCUAGCUGGUACAGUAUAUAUACCUAGCUGGUACAGUAUAGAUAUCUAGCUGGUACAGUAUAUAUACCUAGCUGGUACAGUAUAUAUAUCUAGCUGGUACAGUAUAUAUACCUAGCUGGUACAGUAUAUAUAUCUAGCUGGUACAGUAUAUAUACCUAGCUGGUACAGUAUAUAUACCUAGCUGGUACAGUAUAUAUACCUAGCUGGUACAGUAUAUAUAUCUAGCUGGUACAGUAUAUAUAUCUAGCUGGUACAGUAUAGAUACCUAGCUGUGUGUCUAAAGGAUGUCAUAACUCUCUCCCCUCCAGGGAACGUUGCAGAAGUUUGUAGACGAUGUGUUCGUAGCGAUCCUCAACACCAAGCGCCCUCCUCCCAUCGCUGUGCGCUUCUUCUUUGACUUCCUGGAUGACAUGGCGGAGAAACACGGCAUCGACGACCCUGAGACCGUACACAUCUGGAAGACCAACAGGUCAGUCAGUCACUGGGUCCUGGUUACCGGUUUGUCCUUCUGUAAAGUGUAAAUAAAAUUUUUUUAAACAGCUUUUGGUGAGGUGCUGUCUAACAUAACAUACUGUAUAACUUCAUAAAAUGAAAGUCUUCUCUCUUCAUAGAAGGUCACUGCAAAGAGAGAAGACUUUGAGACUUUCAAUGGUCGUUUCUGAGAUUGACUGCAUUGUAAUCAGUGACUGAGCAGACUGACUGAUCACCCUGAGCAGACUGACUGAUCACCCUGAGCAGACUGACUGAUCACCCUGAGCAGACUGACUGAUCACCCUGAGCAGACUGACUGAUCACCCUGAGCAGACUGACUGAUCACCCUGAGCAGACUGACUGAUCACCCUGAGCAGACUGACUGAUCACCCUGAGCAGACUGACUGAUCACCUUGCAUCCUAAGUAACAGCUCGUUAUUGUUCAGGUUGCUCUGUCGGUGAUCAGCAACUGAACAAAUAUGAUAUUCUUGAACAUGGUCAUUGUAUUUCCUUCAGUAAAGGAAGGAAAAUAUUCCUGGAUAACCAGCUCUCCUCCCUCCCUCCCUCCCCUGCAGCCUGCCUCUGAGGUUCUGGGUCAACAUCCUGAAGAACCCUCAGUUUGUGUUUGACGUCCAGGUGACCGAUAGCGUGGACGCUGUUCUCUCUGUCAUCGCACAGACAUUCAUCGACUCCUGCACCACCUCCGAACACAAAGUCGGACGGGUCAGUCAUUUUAUAAAAUAAAUAAAACACUUGUAUUUAUUCAUUAGUUUAUUUAUUCAUGCAUUUAUUAUUUAGAGAUGGUAUUUUCAAAAUACAUUAGAGGGAAUCAGUAAUCAACAGGGGUAGAAGGAUUACUUUAUCCUAUCCCAGGUAUUCCUUAAAGAGGUAGGGUUUCAAAUGUCUCCGGAAGGUGGUGAGUGACUCCGCUGUGGGGUGGGGGGGGGGGGGGGUAGAAGGAUUACUUUAUCCUAUCCCAGGUAUUCCUUAAAGAGGUGGGGUUUCAAAUGUCUCCGGAAGGUGGUGAGCGACUCCGCUGUGUGUGUGGGGGGGGGGUAGAAGGAUUGUUUUAUCCUAUCCCAGGUAUUCCUUAAAGAGGUGGGGUUUCAAAUGUCUCCGGAAGGUGGUGAGUGACUCCGCUGUCCUGGCGUCGUGAGGGAGCUUGUUCCACCAUUGGGGUGCCAGAGCAGCGAACAGUUUUGACUGGGCUGAGCGGGAACUAUGCUUCCGCAGAGGAAGGGGAGCCAGCAGGCCAGAGGUGGAUGAACGCAAUGCCCUCGUUUGGGUCUAGGGACUGAUCAGAGCCCGAAGGUACAGAGGUGCCGUUCCCCUCGCUGCUCCAAAGGCAAGCACCAUGGUCUUGUAACGGAUGCGAGCUUCAACUGGAAGCCAGUGGAGUGUAAGGAGGAGGGGGGUGACGUGAGAGAACUUGGGAAGGUUGAACACCAGACGGGCUGCGGCAUUCUGGAUGAGUUGUAGGGGUUUAAUGGCACAUGCAGGGAGGCCAGCCAACAGCGAGUUGCAGUAAUCCAGACGGGAGAUGACAAGUGCCUGGAUUAGGACCUGUGCCGCUUCCUGUGUAAGGCAGGGUCGUACUCUCCGAAUGUUGUAGAGCAUGAACCUGCAGGAGCGGGUCACCGCCUUGAUGUUAGCGGAGAACGACAGGGUGUUGUCCAGGGUCACGCCAAGGCUCUUCGCACUCUGGGAGGAGGACACAACGGAGUUGUCAACCGUGAUGGCGAGGCAUGGAACGGGCAGUCCUUCCCCGGGAGGAAGAGCAGCUCCGUCUUGCCAGGGUUCAGCUUGAGGUGGUGAUCCGUCAUCCAUACUGAUAUGUCUGCCAGACAUGCAGAGAUGCGAUUCGCCACCUGGUUAUCAGAAGGGGGAAAGGAGAAGAUUAGUUUGUGUAUCGUCAGCGUAGCAAUGAUAGGAGAGGCCGUGUGAGGAUAUGACAGAGCCAAGUGACUUGGUGUAUAGGGAGAAAAGGAGAGGGCCUAGAACUGAGCCCUGGGGGACACCAGUGGUGAGAGCACGUGGUGCGGAGACAGCUUCUCGCCACGCCACUUGGUAGGAGCGACCGGUCAGGUAGGACGCAAUCCAGGAGUGAGCCGCGCCGGAGAUGCCCAGCUCGGAGAGGGUGGAGAGGAGGAUCUGAUGGUUCACAGUAUCAAAGGCAGCAGACAGGUCUAGAAGGACAAGAGCAGAGGAGAGAGAGUUAGCUUUAGCAGUGCGGAGAGUCUCCGUGACACAGAGAAGAGCAGUCUCAGUUGAAUGACCAGUCCUGAAACCUGAUUGGUUUGGAUCAAGAAGGUCAUUCUGAGAGAGAUAGCAAGAGAGUUGGCUAAAGACGGCACGCUCAAUAGUUUUGGAAAGAAAAGAAAGAAGGGAUACUGGUCUGUAGUUGUUGACAUCAGUGGGGUCGAGUGUUGGUUUUUUGAGAAGGGGAGCAACUCUCGCUCUCUUGAAGACGGAAGGGACAUGGCCAGCGGUCAAGGAUGAGUUGAUCAGCGAGGUGAGGUAGGGGAUAAGGUCACCGGAGAUGGUCUGGAGAAGGGAGGAGGGGGUGGGGUCAAGCGGGCAGGUUGUUGGGGCGGCCUGCAGUCACAAGUCGCAGGAUUUUAUCUGCAGAGAGAGGGGAGAAAGAAGUCAAAGCAUAGGGUAGGGCAGUGUGAGCAGGACCAGCAGUGUCAUUAGACUAACAACCGAGAUCGAUGUCGUCAACCUUCUUUCAAGUGUUUGACUAGUCAUCCACAUAGAGAUAGGAGGGGGGGGGGGGGGUGGGGGGGGGGGGGGGGGUGUGGGUGUGGGGGGUGGGUGGGGGUUGGGGGUGCUGUGGGGUGGGGUGGGGGGUGUGUGGGGGGGGGUGGGGGGUUUUGGGUGUGGUGGGGUUUGGGUGGUUUGGUUUUUUUCUUUUCUCCUCUUCUUUUUGGUUUUGGUAUUUUGUUUUUUUGUGUUUUUCUUUCGUUUUUGUGUUUCUUGUUUCUUUCUUGUGUUUGCUUUUUUUUUGUUUAUUUCUUUUUUUUUUGUGAUUUUUGGUGGUUUUGUUGGUGUGUCGGAUUCCACUUCGGGCGGCACCUGUGCCACCGCUGCUUCCCUCGUGGUUCGCGGCCGCUGCCUUGGCCUUUCGCGUGUGUCGCGGUUUCCUUCUCGGCCGCCCCGAUGAAGAAACUGUAAGAGAGGAGGGAGUGAAAGAUGCCAGGUCGGCAGGGAGUUUAGUUUUCUUCCAUUUCCGCUCCGCUGCCCGGAGCUCUGUUCUGUGAGCUCGCAAUGAGUCAUCAAGCCACGGAGCUGGAGGGGAGGACCGAGCCGGCCGGGAGGAUAGGGGACACAGAGAGUCAAAGGAUGCAGAAAGGGAGGAGAGGAGGGUUGAGGAGGCAGAAUCAGGAGAUUGGAGGGAGAAGGAUUGAGCAGAGGGAAGAGAUGAUAGGAUGGAAGAGGAGAGAGUAGUGGGAGAGAGAGAGCGAAGGUUGCGGCGGCGCAUUACCAUCUGUAUAGGGGCAGAGUGAGUAGUGUGGGAGGAGAGCGAGAGAGAAAAGGAAACAAAGUAGUGGUCGGAGACAUGGAGGGGAGUUGCAGUGAGAUUAGUAGAGGAGCAGCAUCUAGUGAAGAUGAGGUCAAGCGUAUUGCCUGCCUUGUGAGUAGGGGGGGACGGUGAGAGGGUGAGGUCAAAAGAGGAGAGGAGUGGAAAGGAGGAGGCAGAGAGAAAUGAGUCAAAUGUGGACAUAGGGAGGUUGAAAUCCCCCAAAACUGUGAGGGGUGAGCCAUCCUCAGGAAAGGAACUUAUCAAGGCGUCAAGCUCAUUGAUGAACUCUCCAAGGGAACCUGGAGGGCGAUAGAUGACAAGGAUAUUAAGCUUAAAUGGGCUAGUGACUGUGACAGCAUGGAAUUCAAAUGAGGAGAUAGACAGAUGGGUUAGGGGAAAAAUUGAGAAUGUCCACUUGGGAGAGAUGAGGAUUCCUGUACCACCACCCCUCUGACCAGAUGCUCUCGGGGUAUGCGAGAACACAUGGUCAGACGAGGAGAGAGCAGUAGGAGUAGCAGUGUUUUCAGUGGUGAUCCAUGUUUCCGUCAGCACCAGGAUAAACGCAGAGGAAGAGGAGACUUUGUGUCGUUAGGAAGAUGAUGAAGAAGGUGGUUUUGUUUUUUUUGACAAACAUAAUCUGUGUAACAUCAGGAUUUUGAUUUUCUCCCAACAGGACUCUCCAGUGAAUAAGCUGCUCUACGCCAGAGAGAUCCCCAGAUACAAACAGCUAGUUGAGAGGUGAGACAGACAGAAAUACAUUUACUCUUAAUGAACCAAUAGAAUAACAGGGAACUCUGUAUUCAGACAUGAUUAUAAUUCUUACUCAGGAGUUAUUGGAGCUAGUUAUUGGAGCUAGUUAUUGGAGCUAGGUUAUUGGAGCUAGUUAUUGGAGCUAGGUUAUUGCAGCUAGGUUAUUGGAGCUAGGUUAUUGCAGCUAGUUAUUGGCGCUAGAUAUUGGAGCUAGGUUAUUGGAGCUAGUUAUUGCAGCUAGUUAUUGAAGGUAGGUUAUUGGAGCUAGGUUAUUGCAGCUAGUUAUUGGAGCUAGGUUAUUGGAGCUAGGUUAUUGGAGCUAGUUAUUGGAGCUAGGUUAUUGGAGCUAGUUAUUGCAGCUAGUUAUUGCAGCUAGUUAUUGGCGCUAGUUAUUGGCGCUAGUUAUUGGCGCUAGGUUAUUGGAGCUAGGUUAUUGGAGCUAGGUUAUUGGAGCUAGUUAUUGCAGCUAGUUAUUGCAGCUAGUUAUUGGCGCUAGUUAUUGGAGCUAGUUAUUGGCGCUAGUUAUUGGCGCUAGUUAUUGGAGCUAGGUUAUUGGAGCUAGUUAUUGGAGCUAGGUUAUUGGAGUUAGGUUAUUGGAGCUAGUUAUUGGAGCUAGGUUAUUGCAGCUAGUUAUUGGAGCUAGGUUAUUGCAGCUAGUUAUUGGAGCUAGGUUAUUGGAGCUAGUUAUUGCAGCUAGUUAUUGGAGCUAGAUAUUGCAGCUAGGUUAUUGCAGCUAGUUAUUGGAGCUAGUUAUUGGCGCUAGGUUAUUGGCGCUAGGUUAUUGGAGCUAGGUUAUUGCAGCUAGUUAUUGGAGCUAGGUUAUUGGCGCUAGUUAUUGCAGCUAGGUUAUUGCAGCUAGUUAUUGGAGCUAGUUAUUGGAGCUAGGUUAUUGGAGCUAGUUAUUGGAGCUAGGUUAUUGAAGGUAGAUAUUGGAGCUAGUUAUUGAAGGUAGUUAUUGGAGCUAGUUAUUGGCGCUAGUUAUUGGCGCUAGUUAUUGGCGCUAGAUAUUGGAGCUAGUUAUUGGAGCUAGUUAUUGGAGCUAGGUUAUUGAAGGUAGAUAUUGGAGCUAGUUAUUGGAGCUAGUUAUUGGAGCUAGUUAUUGGCGGUAGUUAUUGGAGCUAGUUAUUGGAGCUAGUUAUUGGAGCUAGGUUAUUGGAGCUAGGUUAUUGGAGCUAGGUUAUUGGAGCUAGGUUAUUGGAGCUAGAUAUUGGAGCUAGUUAUUGAAGGUAGAUAUUGGAGCUAGUUAUUGGAGCUAGUUAUUGGAGCUAGUUAUUGGCGCUAGAUAUUGGCGCUAGAUUUUGGAGGUAGUUAUUGGCGCUAGAUAUUGGAGGUAGUUAUUGGAGCUAGUUAUUGCCGCUAGAUAUUGGCGCUAGUUAUUGAAGGUAGGUUAUUGGGGCUAGUUAUUGGAGCUAGUUAUUGCAGCUAGUUAUUGGAGCUAGGUUAUUGCAGCUAGUUAUUGGAGCUAGGUUAUUGCAGCUAGGUUAUUGCAGCUAGGUUAUUGGAGCUAGGUUAUUGGAGCUAGGUUAUUGCAGCUAGUUAUUGCAGCUAAGUUAUUGCAGCUAGUUAUUGGCGGUAGUUAUUGGCGCUAGUUAUUGCAGCUAGUUAUUGGCGCUAGAUAUUGGAGCUAGUUAUUGCAGCUAGUUAUUGCAGCUAGUUAUUGGAGCUAGUUUUUGGAGCUAGUUAUUGGCGCUAGAUAUUGGAGGUAGUUAUUGGAGCUAGAUUUCAGUCUCUUGAACAAAUUCAUCACAGUUUGCCUCCUGGACAUGGAAUGUGUUAUUGGAGCUAGUUAUUGGAGCUAGUUAUUGGCACUAUAUAUUGGAGCUAGUUAUUGGAGCUAGUUAUUGGAGCAAGAUAUUGGAGUUAGUUAUUGAAGCUAGUUAUUGGAGCUAGUUAUUGGCGCUAGUUAUUGGAGCUAGAUAUUGGAGCUAGUUAUUGGAGCUAGAUAUUGGAGCUAGUUAUUGGAGCUAGUUAUUGGAGCUAGGUUAUUGGAGCUAGUUAUUGGAGCUAGGUUAUUGGAGCUAGUUAUUGGAGCUAGAUAUUGGAGCUAGUUAUUGGAGCUAGUUAUUGGAGCUAGUUAUUGGAGCUAGUUUUUGGAGCUAGUUAUUGGCGCUAGAUAUUGGAGGUAGUUAUUGGAGCUAGAUUUCAGUCUCUUGACAAAUUCAUCACAGGUUGCCUCCUGGACAUGGAAUGUGUUAUUGGAGCUAGUUAUUGGCACUAGAUAUUGGAGCUAGUUAUUGGAGCUAGUUAUUGGAGCAAGAUAUUGGAGUUAGUUAUUGAAGCUAGUUAUUGGAUCUAGUUAUUGGCGCUAGUUAUUGGAGCUAGUUAUUGGAGCUAGUUAUUGGAGCUAGUUAUUGGCGCUAGUUAUUGGAGCUAGUUAUUGGAGCUAGGUUAUUGGAGCUAGAUAUUGGAGCUAGUUAUUGGAGCUAGUUUUUGGAGCUAGUUAUUGGCGCUAGAUAUUGGAGGUAGUUAUUGGAGCUAGAUUUCAGUCUCUUGACAAAUUCAUCACAGGUUGCCUCCUGGACAUGGAAUGUGUUAUUGGAGCUAGUUAUUGGCACUAGAUAUUGGAGCUAGUUAUUGGAGCUAGUUAUUGGAGUUAGUUAUUGGAGCUAGAUAUUGGAGCUAGUUAUUGGAGCUAGUUAUUGGAGCUAGUUAUUUUACAGUGUGUUCUGUGGGUAUUGUUCCAGGUAUUACAGUGACAUCCACAGUGCAGCGUCUGGCUGUUACCAAGAGAUGAACUCUACUCUAACAGAGCUGUCUGGGGUGAGUGGGGAUUUAAACUCUCCCCUCCUCCUCUCCUCUCCUCUCCUCUCCUCUCCCCUCCUCUCCUCUCCUCUCCUCUCCUCUCCUCUCCUCUCCUCUCCUCUCCUCUCCUCUCCUCUCCUCUCCUCUCCUCUCCUCUCCUCUCCUCUCCUCUCCCUCCCCUCCUCUCCUCUCCUCUCCUCUCCUCCUCCCCCAUCCUCUCCUCUCCCUUCCUCUCCUCCCCUCUCCUCCUCCCCUAUCCUCUCUCCUCUCCCCUCCUCCCCUCUCCCUUCUCCCUCUCCUCCCCUAUCCUCUCCCAUCCCCCCUUCUCCCCCUCUCCCUUCUCCUCUCCUCUCCUCUCCUCUCCCCUUCUCCCCUAUUCUCUCCCCUCCUUCCCUAUCCUCUCCUCUCCUCUCCUCUCCUCUCCUCUCCUCUCCUCUCCUCUCCUCUCCUCUCCUCUCCUCUCCUCUCCUCUCCUCUCCUCUCCUCUCCUCUCCUCUCCUCUCCUCUCCUCUCCUCUCCUCUCCCCCCUCCCCUCCCCUCCCCUAUCCUCUCCCCUCCUCUAUCCUCUCCCCUCCUCCCCUCCCCUCCUCCCCUCCUAUCCACUCUACUCAACCCAGCCCUACUCUACUCUACUCUACUUUACUCUGAGAUUAUUAUGGAGUCUAUUAAGUUAAAUUAAAUUGUAUUUAGCAUUUUGUUGUAAUGUAUAGCACAGUGCCGGUCCGUAACCAGUAGAUUGUAACAUUGUGUUUCCAUGUCUGACUUUUCAGAGUUUUGGAUCAGACAUGAACAGUCUGGUGGCUCUGCUUGAGCUGUACAAGUACAUCAACAAAUACUACGACCAGGUAUAUAGACAGAGACACAGAGACAAAUACUACGACCAGGUAUAUAGACAGAGACACAGAGACAAAUACUACGACCAGGUAUAUAGACAGAGACACAGAGACAAAUACUACGACCAGGUAUAUAGACAGAGACACAGAGACAAAUACUACGACCAGGUAUAUAGACAGAGACACACAAAUACUACGACCAGGUAUAUAUACAGAGACACAGAGACACAAAUACUACGACCAGGUAUAUAGACAGAGACACACAAAUACUACGGCCAGGUAUAUAGACAGAGACACACAAAUACUACGACCAGGUAUAUAUACAGAGACACACAGACAAAUACUACAACCAGGUAUAUAGACAGAGACACACAUCAACAAAUACUACGACCAGGUAUAUAGACAGAGACACACAGACAAAUACUACGACCAGGUAUAUAGACAGAGACACAGACACAAAUACUACGACCAGGUAUAUAGACAGAGACACAAAUACUACGACCAGGUAUAUAGACAGAGACACAAAUACUACGACCAGGUAUAUAGACAGAGACACACAGACACAAAUACUACGACCAGGUAUAUAGACAGAGACACACAGACAAAUACUACGACCAGGUAUAUAGACAGAGACACAAAUACUACGACCAGGUAUAUAGACAGAGACACAGACACACACACAGACAGAACACACCACACACACACACACACAGACACACACACACACACAGACAGAACACACCACACACACAUACAGAACACACCACACACACACAGACACACACACACACACAUACAUACCACACACACAGAACACACACAAACACAGAACACACACAGACACACACAAACACAGAACACACCACACACACACAACACACACAAACACAGAACACACAGACACACACACACACACACACACACACAACACACACAACACACACACUCCUGUAUAAGUACUAAUGCUGUUGUCUGUCUGUAGAUCAUCAUGUCUCUGGAGGAGGAUGCAGCGGGCCAGAAGAUGCAGCUGGCCUAUCGUCUACAGCAGGUCGCCGCCCUGGUGGAGAACAAGGUCACUGACCUCUAA